CUUCAUAGUGUGUCUGUCUGAGGAUUGGUCUACUGUGAGCGCCUACUGUUGCAACAGAAGCCUUCGCUUUUGGAGAGGGCGUCGAACUGCGCGUGCACAUUUGCGGCUGCCAUCGCUAUCGCAGCUGAGGAAGUGCUCGGUAGUUGCGGCGAGAGCGCGAGCGGCACAAGCUACCGCAGCUUAACGAAAGGUCGUCACAUAGUUCGCUAAGGGGAACUUCUCAAGAUGGCUGGCUUGGGCGCCGGGGAAGCGGCGGCCCUUGGUAAUGUAGACAGUGGAUAUGUGAAGCAGAACAAAGGCAACGUUCACCACAGGAGCGGCUAUCCUGCGCCAUCAUCAGCGAUGGCAAUGGACGUCAAGUUCCCUGCGAACCGCGCCAAGUCUUUCCAUGGUAUUUCAGAUCUCAAAGGCAGCGCCUUGUUCGAAGAGCAGCGCCAGGACCCGGGUUCAACAGAGGAUGCGGGAGGAGCAGUGGUUAACCCUUGGGGAUCGAACACGAACACCCAUGGCGGGAACAGUACCUCCAAAGAUUUUCAAUCGAGUAGCUGGAGCCAUCCUCAAGGCACGGAACAUAUCAAUGGCGAUGUGGCUUUUGAGUCAGGACGCCAGGGCAUCUCAUUUUAUGGUCAUCCCCAGGGUCACGGUACCAAGCCGAAUGCAAAAGGGAAAGGGAAGGCUCGAGAUGCGCCGCGCCUCUCGUUACCACCUUGCUGCGCUUCCACUCAUACGGUAGGCGCGGGACUUGACGGUCACCCCAAUGUGUCAAUUGGUGGCCUUGGCUGGGACGCUCUCGAGACGGGUGAGCGCUGGAAUGCAAGGUCGUUACGCCGUGGAGAGACCCCGCUGGAUCGAACGAUCGACCAAAUUGGCGUGGGGCGCUAUCAAAAGACUCUACUCCUCCUCUCUGGACUCGGGUAUCUGGCGGAUAAUAUGUGGCUCCAGGGGAUCGCCAUUGUGCUGCCGCGCGUACAGGAUGAAUGGGAUGUGCCGGACCAAUGGAUAGGCCUGCUUUCGAGCUCUACAUUUGCAGGUAUGAUGGUCGGAGCGUUGGCGUGGGGAAGUUACUCUGACUCGUAUGGCCGCAAAGACGCAUUCAACGGAACGCUCUUCGUAACCGCCAUCUUUGGCUGUCUCUCGUCCUUCGCCACAUCGUUUCCGAUGCUAUGCUUCCUCACAUUUCUGCUCGGCACAGGUGUUGGUGGCUCCAUGCCGACAGACGGGACGCUCUUCCUGGAGAAUCUGCCCAAGAGCAAGCAGUACCUCUUGACGGCACUCAGCGUCUUUUUUGCUCUAGGGAGCGUCAUCACGAGCCUACUCGGUCUCGCUAUUAUCCCGGAAAAUAGCUGCCCGGAAGACACAGACUGGAAUCCGGCCGUGCAGUGCGACACACAGACGCAGAACCAGGGGUGGCGUUGGUUGCUGAAUGGACUUGGCUUCGUCACCGUCUGCUUCGUGAUCGCCCGGCUGAUUUUUUUCAAACUAUUUGAAUCGCCCAAAUUUCUCGUCGCUUCUGGCCGACAUCAGGAGGCGCGCGUCGUUCUUCAGCAAAUAGCAGCAUUCAACGGCAAGCCGUUACCUGUCAGCUUGCGCGAUGUCGAGGACGAACAGAGGCGCCAUGCGGGCUCCGCGCAGAGGGAUAGUCGCCCAUUCAGAGGGUUUUCCUCACUAUUUGGUGGGGACGGAAAAGCGAAUUCACCGGGAUACGAUGCUCUACCGACCGAGGAUGAAGAGCAUGGCAGAUCUGAGAUGGAAGAGGCUACGCCUUCUCAGUCUCUUGAUCGUCCGUCUAUCGAGGCUGCGCAAGCUACGACAAGCAGCAUGCACAUACUAUCUCCGGCAGCGCCACUGCCGCUGCCGCUGUCGCCUCCGCCUGCCUUCGUUCGGCGGCUGCUACCUGCCAAUUGGCACACAGGCUUAGCAGAUUUCUGGGCCCGCUACACGCAUCUCUUCGAGCCGCACUGGCGCCGGACGACUAUUCUGGUUUGGGCGAUCUGGACACUUGUGUCGCUCGCGUUCACCAUCUUUAACGUGUUCCUGCCCAAGUUCCUCGAGGCGCGCCUUGGUGCCGGCGGCAGAGGCAAUGGCGGUACCCCCAAUGCUGCUCCUGGAAGCGACGGUGGCUUGCAGUCGCGCAAAGACGUGAUGCAGGACUAUCUGCUGUAUGCGCUCGCCUCUGUGCCCGGCUCGCUUUUGGGCGCGUGGAUGAUCGAGACGCGGUUGGGGCGCAUUGGGUCGAUGGCGCUGAGCACGGCGUGCACGGGCGUGUCGAUCGCCAUAUUCACCGUGGUGCGCUCGCGCGGCGGGAUCGUGCUUUCGAGCAUGCUGAUCAGCAUCAGCGCCACGACAACGUACGCGGCCAUCUACGGCUACACGCCCGAGGUGUUCACAACGGACGUCAGGGGCACGGCGUGCGGCAGCGCCUCGGCGCUCAGCCGGCUCGCAGGCAUCGUCGCGCCCCUCGCGGCGGGCGUCUUGAUCGCGAUUGACAUCAACCUCCCGCUCUUCCUCAGCAUUGCGCUCUUCGCCGUAUGCGUCGGCUGCAUGCUGGCACUGCCGUACGAGACGCGGCGGCGACCGGAUGCCGAUGUCGAUGCCGAUGCUGAUAUCGAUGCUGCUAUUGGAGUACAAGGCGAUGCCGAGGUGGGCAUCAACGCAGGUGGACAUUAAAAUGGACAUUAAACAAGAACUUGAUCGCAGUCCUGUAGCAUACACCAAAAC